AUGGAGGCCAACACGUCGGCUGCACAUCCUGCCCCACCCAUCGCAAAUACAAGUGUCAAUGAGUACAGCGAUGCUGUUGAUGUUGGGGGUACCGCUGCUGCCACCACUUUCGCUGGCUCUCCGGUGAUCAACAGUGAUGGUCAGCAUUCUAGCACAGACCAUAACCAUGCUUCAUCUGCGCCUGAGAUGCCGCCCGUUGAACGUAUCAAGAGCGGUCGAGGCAGCGUGCCCCUUUCCUCCAUCGACCCACAAGGCAUGGCCGAGCUCACCCGCCGGCUUACCGAACACUCGAUGCGCGCUCGUUCCCGCACCACUGACGGCGACGGCGGAGAGGAGGCGCUCGGCUUUGACCCCUUCGACAAGAACGGCAAGUUCGAUCUUGAGCGUUUUCUCCGCCUCGUCAUGCAGCAAGCCGAGGGCGCCGGAAACGAAGUGCGAGAGAUGGGCCUCGUCUGGCAGAACCUUACCGUCACUGGCCUCGGCUCUGGCUAUGCGCUUGGUGACACGGUAGGCUCGCUUCCCCUCAAGCCGUUUGAGGCGCUCAAAAACAUCAAGUCGUUGCUUCAUCCUCCUGUCAAGGUCAUCAUCGACAAUUUCGAGGGGUGCAUCAAACCUGGUGAGAUGCUACUUGUGCUCGGUCGUCCUGGCGCAGGAUGUACUUCGUUCCUCAAGACGCUUGCUUCCUACCGAGAUGGAUUCCAGGACAUUACCGGAACCUUGCUGUACCAAGGCAUGGACCACACCGUCAUCGACAAACGUCUCCGCGGUGACGUCGUCUACUGUCCAGAAGACGAUAUCCACUUCCCGUCGCUCACCGUAUGGCAAACGCUCGCCUUUGCCGUCGCCACUCGAGCUCCGCAGGCUCGUCGACGACUCAAUCUUCUCCAAAGCGAGGACACCCAAACGCGCGAUGGCUACAUCAAGACUCUCGUCGAGGUGGUUGCCACUAUCCUUGGCUUGCGUCACACAUACAACACCAAGGUGGGCAACGACUUUGUUCGAGGUGUCUCGGGAGGCGAGAGAAAGCGAGUCAGUGUCGCCGAAACAUUUGCUUCAAGAGCCAAAGUGGCGCUCUUCGACAACUCGUCACGCGGUCUCGAUUCCAGUACGGCGCUCGAGUUUGUCAAGUCGCUUCGAGUGUCCACGGACAUCGCCAAUACCACCACCGCCGCUUCGAUCUAUCAAGCAGGAGAAGGCCUCACGCAGCUCUUUGACAAGGUGCUCGUUAUCAACGAAGGCAGGCAGGUCUACUUUGGUCCCACCUCGGAAGCGCCUGAUUACUUCAAGGAGAUGGGUUACAUUCCCCAGGAACGUCAGACCACCGCUGAUUACCUCGUGGCAUGUACUGACGCGCACGGUCGCAGACUUCGUGAGGGUUACGAAAAACGAGCACCUCGCACCGCCGAAGAAAUGGCCAAGUACUGGCAAGCCUCGCCUCAGGGUCACAAGAAUCGGCAGGAAGUCGAAGCUUACCUGGAAGAGCUCACUUCCAAGGUUGACGAUGCUGCCGUCAAGCGCUACAAGGAGGUCGCACGUGAGGAGAAGGCGAAAAAUACACGCAAAGGCAGCGCCUAUAUCAUCUCUCUUCCCAUGCAGAUCCGACUUGCCGUCAAGCGACGUGCGCAGAUCACAUGGGGUGAUAUUGCCACACAAGUCAUCAUCGCCUGCGCUUCUAUGUUCCAAGCGAUCAUCAUGGGAUCCGUCUUCCUGCUCAUGCCCAAAAACACGUCGGGCUUCUUUUCCCGAGGUGGUGUGCUGUUCUUUGCUCUGCUCUACAACUCGUUUACUGCCAUGUCCGAGAUCACCGCUGGUUAUGCACAGAGACCGAUCGUCAUUCGUCAUCGACGCUUCGCCAUGAUCCACCCUUUUAGCGACGCACUCGCCAACACGCUGCUCGACAUGCCGAUCCGCCUCAUGACUUUGACCUUGUUCGACGUUAUCCUCUACUUCAUGGUCGGGCUUCAAUACACGGCCGGCCAAUUCUUCGUGUUUUACAGCACCACGGCACUCAUCACGUUUACCAUGGUUGCUUUCUUCCGCAUGCUGUCGGCUGCGACCAAGUCCGAAUCGCUGGCUACCAUGCUCGGAGGUCUUGCGAUCAUUGAUUUUGCGCUUUAUACCGGCUACGUAAUCCCGAGGCCGUCAAUGGUGGUUUGGUGGAAGUGGCUUUCGUACUGCAAUCCAGUAGCGUUCGCUUUUGAGAUCCUUCUCACCAACGAGUUCAGAACGCUCAACGUCCCCUGCGCCAACUUUAUCCCUGCCGGUCAGGCCUAUGCUGAUGUCUCGGAUCAGUACAAGACAUGUGCAGUUGCCUCUGCCCAACCAGGUCAGGAUAUUGUGAUUGGAUCCGAGUACCUCGCGCAGUCGUACGGCUACACUUGGUCGAACGCAGGACGCAACGCUGGCAUUAUUUUUGGCUUCUGGUUCUUCUUUUUGAUCGUCUACAGUUUGGCGUCAGAGUUCCAGAAGGACCCGAGUGCUUCCGGUGGUGUCAUGGUCUUCAAGCGUGGUGCUGCGCCCAAGGAGGUGGUACAAGCUGCCAAAGCCUCUGGCGAUGUUGAAGCCGGCGACGCUGCUGGUCACACCGAACGCGUAGAUCGCGAGCAAGACGAGCAGGCGGACAAAGCUGUUGGCAAGCUCGAAUCGUCGACCUCUGUAUUUGCUUGGAAGAACGUCAACUACGACGUGCUGAUCAAGGGAACUCCCAGACGUCUGCUGAACGACGUCAGCGGAUUCGUCGCCCCGGGCAAAAUGACGGCACUGAUGGGCGAGUCGGGUGCAGGCAAGACGACACUGCUCAACGUGCUAGCACAACGUACAGAUACCGGUGUGGUGCGAGGUCUGUUCAGCGUCAAUGGUGCUCCUCUUCCCAAGUCGUUCCAAUCCAACACGGGCUACUGUCAACAGCAAGAUGUGCAUCUGGGAACGCAAACCGUGCGCGAGGCGCUGCAAUUCUCUGCACUGCUCCGUCAGCCACGCGAAACGCCCAAAGAGGAGAAGCUGGCCUACGUUGAGAAUGUCAUCUCGAUGCUCGAGAUGGAGUCUUGGGCCGAAGCGUUGGUGGGAGAGGUAGGCAUGGGUCUCAACGUCGAGCAGCGCAAGCGCCUUACGAUUGGUGUGGAGCUCGCAGCCAAACCCAAGCUGCUCUUGUUCCUCGACGAGCCAACCUCGGGUUUGGACGCCAUGGCAGCGUGGAGUGUUGUUCGUUUUCUUCGAAAGCUUGCCGAUGCAGGUCAGGCCAUCCUGUGCACCAUCCACCAGCCUUCGGGUGAACUUUUCAACCAAUUCGAUCGGCUUCUGCUUCUGCAAAAGGGAGGCAAGACGGUCUACUUUGGCGAUAUUGGACCUAACUCUACAAAGCUGGUCGAGUACUUUGGCGAACGCGCCGACAAGCGAUGCGGAGAGAACGAUAAUCCCGCCGAGUACAUUCUUGACGUGAUUGGUGCCGGAGCGACGGCGACUACGGACAAGGACUGGCACGAGCUCUUCCGCAAUUCAUAUCUGUUUACGGACAUGAUGAAGGAAGUCGAACGCAUCGAUUCUUUGGGCGCAGACCACCCUGCUACCGCUGAGGAAGAAGCGAUGGGAAUGCGCGAGUAUGCCGAACCAUUCAGUGUUCAAAUGACUCAGGUGAUGCGUCGAGCGUUCAUGCACUACUGGCGAGAUACAACGUACAUCAUGUCCAAAUUGAUGCUCAACAUUAUCGCUGGAUUGUUCAUCGGGUCGUCGUUCUGGGGCCAAGGUCGAACUCAGACCUCAGCGUCACUGCAGAACAAGAUUUUCGCCAUCUUCAUGGCGUUGGUGCUCUCCACUUCACUGUCGCAACAGCUACAGCCGGUCUUUAUUCAAUUCCGUGCGCUUUACGAAGUGCGCGAACGGCCUUCCAAGAUGUACAGCUGGCCGGUGGCUGUGACGGCUGCGCUGGUUGUCGAGAUCCCUUGGAACUUGUUGGGUGGAACGCUCUUCUGGGCUUCGUGGUACUUUAUGGUCGGCUUUCCGUACGGAAAGACAGCAGCGCUAGUAUGGGGAAUGUACAUGCUCUUCCAGAUCUACUACCAGACAUUCGCUGCUGCUGUCGCAGCCAUGUCUCCGAACCCGAUGAUCGCUUCGAUUCUCUUUUCGACAUUCUUCUCCUUCGUUAUCGUCUUUUGUGGCGUGGUGCAACCUCCACCGCUCCUCCCCUACUUUUGGCGCUCCUGGAUGUUUGUCGCCUCACCCUUCACUUAUCUCUUGGAAAGCAUGCUGGGAGCUGUACUCAACAACCAACCGGUGCGAUGCUCUGCGCAGGAGUACAAUCGGAUCACGCCACCACCGGGUCAAUCGUGCGCCGCGUACCUCGCCAAUUUUGUCACCUCUCUUGACGGACCAAAUCUGGGCACGGGCUACUACAUUGACGGACCCAAUGGCUCAUGCGACUACUGCCAGUUUCGCAUUGGCAAUGAUUACCUCCGAUCGAUCGAGUUGAACGCUUCGAAUCGAUUCCGCGACAUUGGUAUCAUCUGCAUCUAUAUCGUCUUUAACGUGCUCCUCUGCUUUACGUUGUUCUACUUCUUCCGAGUCUUUAAGCUUUCCAGCUUCAAAAAGAAGGAUGGAGAGAAACAGCCAACGAUUGCGGACCAAGACGAAAAGCCAACUGUAGCAGCGGAGACGGUAUCAAGGGCGGACGCGGGCGCUGAGAAGGCUGUACAUGCACUUACGUCGACUUCGGCAGCUGCCAAAGGACCAGGACACGAAGGUGCCAGCCAGCCAGGUCUCGUCGCCAACCCCUUCGGUGGUGGUGCAGGUCAGCAUGGCGUGCAAGAUGUUCAAGCAAAGUUGUGA